AUGUCGACUACGCUUCUUCCUUUUCUUUAUCAGACACGAACGCUACAGCGUCUUCCGGCAGCAGGCCUUUCGGCGCCGCUUCAUUUCACAACUUGCUUCCGCUCUGGCAGGCAAUGUCGCGGCGUUCGAACCCGCCCCGGGCGGCCUGGCCCUGUCCUCAAGGUUUUCAAGGCUCCAAGCUACCUCCCCUCAACACGGCCUGCUCCUGUCUUGCGGCACGAUCAAAACGAAAAUGAGGAGCUAGAGCUCCUGUCGACUAUAACCCCAGACGAGCGCCAGGCUUUCGAUAAAAUUUUCCGAGAAAUCGCCGCACGCAGCAGCAGCGCACUGCCUCAAGAGUCCUCCAAGAAAACAAAGACCGAUGGUGUAGGAAAUGAGUCGCCAGGUGAAGCGUCGAGUAACGCGGAUAUCGAAGCAAAUGACGCAGUCAAUAUUAUUUUUCGAGAUCCGGCGUCGCAAGCAAACAAGCCUGGCAAACAAACCUCUGGAGGUUUCGGCCGGCGCCAUCUCUUUGGGUCGUCAGAAGAUCCGGAAUCCGCCAUCGCACGUUUCCCUCCGGUUUUGCGCGCGGCGGCCCGCAUGGCCAUGGGUGUCAUGGAGGCUGACAAAGAGGCCGACUAUGCCAUGAAUAGAGGGAAUCUGGCGUCUUCGUGGGAGCUGGAUGAUCAGGAGCUGGAAGCACUGGACAUCAAGGGCAAUUCCCUUCUGGGGAAGAGUGUUGACAUCGAGUCAAAACGGCGUGAGGAACGCGCCCGGGUGUCGCUCUUAAUGAAGAACGCAAAGACCGACUUUGAGUUGUGGGAUAUCAUGGAGAGUGAAGUCUUCUCUAUGGUGGAUAGGUUGGGUAUCGGCAAGCAGCAGCCAAGCAAGCCCGGGCGCAAGAAGAAGCCGAGUGACGAUAAGCUGUCGAUGCACACCUUCGGCCCUCUCUACCCGCAGCAUCUCCACGAAGCUCUCCGCCUCAUGGACGAGUCAUUCACCACGUCUUCCCCCCUCGCUCUUAACAUUCUUCCCCGGGUCAAGGAACUCGGCCUUGCAAGCUACGUUCUCGGGGUCAGCACCGAAUUUUACAACACCUUGGCCUGGAUCCAGUGGUACCGUCGUGGUGACGUGCGAGCCGUCUUCUCUUUGUUCGACGAGAUGCGCAACGCCGGCCUGUACUGCGAUGGCGCCAGCCUUGCAAUCGUCCAUGAUAUCAAGACCUUCUUUGACUCGUGCUCCGGGCCCUCUAGCACAAAUGGUCCCUUUCUGACAGAGCUCAUGACGAUGCCCGAGUACAUGUACAACCUGCGCCCCGGCAUUAAGCAUCGGAUCGGUCUUAUCGGCGCUCAUAUCAAGGAUAGCGUCGAAACUCCAGUGCGAUAG